AUGAAGAGAUCAAGUCAAGUAGUUUGUAGAGUAGGCUCAAGGGAGAUUUGCCUCAGAGCAGGGCUCGGAUUGAUAUCAGGGAUGUGUGCUCUGUUAUGUGUUAGUUCGUUGUUCACUGUGGUAUCUGCUGACCAUACACCUUUAUCAGUGGUGGCGAAUUCGUCGGGUCAAGAAUUCCACCCUGCGCAUAUACUUUCAUUGUCCCGGUCAUCGAUGUCUUCGUCGUCAAAGGAUGACUUUAUUCACGGAGAGGAGAUACAGGAGAAAGAGGUGCUGAACCAUUUUUUCCGUAAUGGUCGGAGAAGGAACAUCUUCCACAAACCAUCAACCACAUUUAUGGUCAGUCUCUUCAAUAGACUUCAGCGAGGAGGCGCUGUUGUCAACGAAAGUUCUGGAACUACAACGGAUACCAUCAGGAGCUUCUCGGGUCAAAGGUCAAAAGAUACAAGAAAGGCCAGGCUUAUCGUGGACUUCUACAUACCUCCCCUUCCAUCACACGAAAAGUUACGACGUGCGGAAAUCAGAUUUUUACGCCAUCCUACCAAUCAAACAAAAUCAAGAAGAUAUAAGUUCCGAAUCGACGUCAGAAAAAGAGGGAAGAUAGUCAGAAGGAUAGUUCUAAGAGGACGAUCAAAUCCGCAAUCACAGCACGAUGUUUUUGACGUCACAAAAAUAGUUAGUCCCUGGAUCAACAGUUUCCACGGAAAUAUUAUUUUUCACGUGAAGGUGUCCAAAAGAUUUGAAAGCCAAGCGGUGACCAGUGACAAAGACAAAUCUCUUCAGUCAAUGUCGCUGAUCGUUCUGUAUCUGGACGACAGUCAGUUUCUCACAAGUCUCUACGCGGGUUUUGCUUCUGUUGACGAUACCUCGGAUGCAGAAGACACUGGAUCAAUUCCGGGAAAGACAAAAAGAACUCUUCUAGGCUCUGUCACCACUGUUUCCAAUUCAUCUACUAUUCCGUUUUCUAGCAACUCUGCUGGAAGAGAGCGGCGCAAUAUCCAAAAGAACGACAAGGGAAACCGUAAAAAUAGAAAAUGGUUUUCUAAAUCAAAAGGAAGAUGCCAGUUGCACGACUUCGAAGUUGAUUUUAACGUUAUAGGAUGGGGAAAGUGGAUUAUGCACCCAAAGAAGUUUAACGCUCGUUUUUGUUCUGGGGUGUGUCCGUCUCCGAUUGAUGUUCAGUAUAAACCAACAAAUCAUGCAUUGCUACAGACUCUGAUGCGCAUGAAGAGACCACAGUCAGCACCUCCUCCUUGUUGUGUCCCGAUCAAACUAAAGCCCAUUAGUAUGUUGUACUUCGAGUAUGACGAAAUAGUGGUCAGACAUCACGACGACAUGAUUGCUUCAGAAUGUGGCUGUAGAUAA